ACCGCUCCUCUUUCGAAGUGUCGUCCGGUGUCGUCAACGACGACGAGUGGGAUGGAUGUUUGUGGAUGAUCUCGUAAACGCGCGAUCGCGAUAUCUGCACCGUUCGGUGGCACACGUGUGCUUCCCGCACGCGAACUUCCCUCUGGGCAGAAUAACAAAGCGUGAAACUCUCUGGCCUCGGUUCGAAACCAUUUACGAGAUCAAAUUGCGCUCUAUUGUCUCCCCUGCCAAUUGAUCUUGCCAAGUUGCGCCGUCACUCGGCACUUGAAGAGGUUUCUAUACGAAGGCAGAAUAUAGGUUAUUAAUAACACGUUCCCUAAUAACACUUGAGACCUGCGUACGGUUUGUGGUUUAAAGUAAGGAAAUUGUGUCCGGAGCAGUUGUGUGCAUAAUCGUACAAUGAAGUGUCACUACGAAGUACUGGGAGUCGCGCGGGACGCCCCCGAGGACGACAUAAAGAAGGCGUACAGGAAGCUGGCGCUCAAGUGGCAUCCGGACAAGAACCUCGACAGUCCGGACGAAGCUAAGGAGCAGUUCCAGCUUGUCCAGCAAGCGUGGGACAUACUGAGCGACCCGCACGAGCGCGCUUGGUACGACAAUCAUCGCGAGGCCAUCCUGAAGGGUGGCAUCGGGGAGGAUUACAAGGACGACUCCAUCAAUCUCUUCCCGUACUUCUCCCUCUCGUGCUUCAAGGGUUACGGGGACGACGAGAACGGUUUCUACGCCGUCUACAGGAAGGUCUUCGAGCAAUUGGCAGCGGAGGACGCCGAGUUCGCCAGAGACGGCGAGUCCGACGAGGAGGUGCCCGGCUUCGGCGCCUCUCAGAGCCCGUACGAGGACGCGGUGGGCGACUUCUACGCCUACUGGCAGAGCUACAGCACCAAGAGGUCCUACGCCUGGCUGGACCCGUACGACAUACGCGAAAUGCGAAAUAACCGGCGCGUGCUCAGGCUCGCCGAGAAGGAGAACAAGAAGGUGCGCGACAAAGCGAGGCGCGAGAGGAACGAGCAGGUGCGGAAUCUGGUCGCGUUCGUGCGCAAACGCGACAAGCGGGUGCAGGCGUACGCGGCUCGGCUGGCCGAGCGCGCCCGCGACAACUUCCGGAAGGCGGAGGAGCGCAGGAAGGCGCAUUUGCUGGAGAGGCAGAGGCUGCUGCGGGACCAAACCGAGUCCGAGUGGUCCAAGUUCUCGAACGUGGAGGCGGAGCUGCGCAACAUCGAGGCGAACCUAACGGCGGAGUUCGGCACGGACGACAGGAAGGUGACGGCGAGGAACAGCAACCCCGAGGCGUUCUACUGUAUCGCCUGCGACAAGAUCUUCCAGACGCACAAGGCCUUCACGAAUCACGAGAACUCGAGGAAGCACAAGGAAAAUGUUAGCGCGCUCAAGCACGUCAUACCGAACGAACACGAAGACCUCGCUAGUAGUAGCUCGCGGGAAAGCGACUCUAGCACGGAAGAGGAAUCGGUUUCGCUAAGCGGCCCGAAAUUGGCAGCGGAUUCGCAGAUGCCCGAUUUCCUGUUGAAUCCGCCCCAAAGCGAUUCGAGACGGAACGACGAGGGUGAUGCCUCUCCCGCCGAGCUGAUGUCGGACGAUGAGGAAAAUCCAGAACGUCCUCGACCAGCGGGCGAGAAAAGAAAGACUGACGGAGACGUCCCGCUGGCCGCGGGUCCAAUGAUGGGCGAAGGUAUCUUGUUUUCACCUAAAGUGGAAAACGAGGAUGACGACAUGACCUCCGAAGACGAAUUAAUAUCUGAUCAGGAGGAGGACGUCGCGUUGUCGAGCCGUCAGAAGAAAAAGAAGAAGAAGAAGCGCAAUGUUCAGAAUCCUAGUUCUAUGCUCAAGGUCCCCAGCGACGACGACACGGAGAGCAUUAAUGAGGAAGUGUUGCUGUCGAAGAAGCAACGCAAGAAGUUGCAGCAGAGGAAAAUGGAGAUAAAUAAGCAGUUGCGAAAUACGGGAGAGACGCACAGAGAAGAGGAACAGGAAGCGGAGGGUGAAAGUGGAGUGACGGAAGGAGCGAGUGUCGACGAUGAGAAACUGAAGACCGACAGAGCAAGGAAAGGCUUCAAGAGAGAGGAACGAGACAGCAAGGGCAAAAGUAAAAGGGACUCGCUCGUGGAUACUGACAAUUCGGCCCAUCGCUGUGUCACUUGCUCAUCUGAGUUUUCUAGCAAAAAUAAAUUGUUCGACCACUUAAAGAAAACCGGACACUCUGUAUAUAUACCAGAAUUAACGAAAUACAAAAAGAGCCAAGAGAAAAAGAAAAAACCUGCACCCAAAGGAAAAGACGACUCUGAUAAAAGGAAACGUUGAGGCCGGCUCGAAGUGUCAAGUUAUAGUUAAUUAUUGUAACUAAAUAGCAACAUACUUUGUACGAUACGAUUGAUACGGGAGACUUUUUUUUAUAUACAAUACGCGUUUUCUGAGGAUUCUAUAGGAGCUGUAAUUUCUUGUACAUAUCUUGUACAAAGACCUAUUAAAAUUUGGACUGUUUAACGAGACUUCUCCACUUUCAUUGGGACAAUUAUAUUGAUUCAGAAAUGAAGAUUAGCAAUCAAAUAUAAAAUGUGACUCGACAAACCACGAAGGUGGACAGUAUAUAUCAUGAACAGCUAGUUGUAUUAUAAAUGAUUAUAUCAAUCAAUAAAUCUUAAUGUCACUAAAUU